UAUUGAUCGGCUGGUAAUAGUCAUAAUAACAUCAUCGUGAUCAAACGACAGUUAAAAAGAAAGUCAUAUUUUGAGUUGAGUAAUUGCAGUUCACACCUUUUCAUCGUGAAACUAGAAAGCAUUUCAGCCACAAAAAUCAUGACCAAUCUGAAGAACUCCAGAAUGGGACUAAACAGGAAAGCGAGAGUGAACAGGUCAAAAGUAGACAAGGCUUCUGCGUGGUGUGUCGCAAUUGUGCUCUGGGUUUUGUGCUCUUCGGCUGCUCAGGUGGGAGAAAUGAAGGAACUAAAUGACUCUGUCUGUUCAAAUGACGACUACUGGGGGAACAUCGAUGAAAACCCGAAAACCUUCAUGGAAGCGUAUGACGAAAUUAUGAAUUCGGAUGAGGAGAUCACAGAGAACUGCGCGGACGUAGUGGACACAGGGUGCAAAACAAAACAGAAGAGCCUCAACAACGCAAACGCAUGCAUUAAUUGUCCUCUAAACCACACAGUAUGCGACUGCAAAAAAUGUGUGGUGAGGGAUUAUGAUUGCACUCUGAAAACUGGUGUGUGUCGACCAAAACUAAUUCCUUAUGACAUCAUCAAAAAAUGCAAUCAAGACAGCUGUGAGAACGGAGGCCCUGCGGUCGUAAUCAUUCCGACUGUGUUGUCAGUGGGUUGCUACUGCCAUACGGAAGAUAUGGACAAUCAGACUACCAAAAUUGACCAAGAAGAACAAAAACAACAUCUAGCACCCAAGAAACGUGCAUUUUACAGAAGAGCUCUCAAUAGAAACUGAGACACUCGCGACACAACGCCAUCUGUACCUUGCUACUUUAAGACAAACCAACAAGCAAACACACGAAAAAGCCAACACACCAACGACAAACUUAAUUUUUCUUUCAUAUUUAACACCGCCUGAAACGGCCGAACUUUCAAAUCUACUUCUGAGAUUAAGUAGAAAAAAAUUCUCCGGAAAAAGCUGGAUAUGGCUGAAAAAUGUAUACCAAAGGUAGUGACAUAACUGAAGUCGAUCUGAAAUAGAGUUCGAUUGAUUUGAUGUGAUUAGUUUGAUCAUUACAUAUCCAUAGUUUCAAAUUACAUAAUCGUGUCACUUAUUUGUCAUCAAAACUAACUGAAGUUGCAGGUACAAUAAUAAUU